CAGUAGCACCCCCCCUCCUACAUCAGAGCACAGGCAGGAGAAAGUGUGUGAGAAGAAGUGUGUCUCAGCGAAAGUAAAAAGAUGAGAGGUUGGGGUUUUUUUUGUUCACUAAGGUUUACUUUUCUAAGCUGAGCUUCAGGUCUGGAUCAAUCGCUGAUGGGGACCUGUGGAGGAAUUUAAAAACGUCAUGCUUCCUGUGAUUGAGGAGGAUCGGUCAGCAGAGAGAUGUCCUGAAGAAGAAAAAAGCUGAAAUUUAAAUCUGUUUCUGGACGUCCAUCUUUCCAUUGGUUAACUUGCUGUCAGCCAUGGACUCCCAGGGGGGUCCGUACCUCAAUAAGGGGGCUCUCGUGUCCCCCCUUGGGGCUGCCCGUCUCUCCCAGUUAGCUAUGGGCUGUGCUGUGAUCGCCAUGGUGACCCACAGUGCAGGGUACAGCGGGUCACAGGGCAUGUUCUGCAUGGGGGCCUGGUGUUGCUGCUUCGCCAUGACGGCGGCCGUGUUCUUCCUGGACGCCACUCGUCUCUACAGCUGCCUGCGGGUGUCCUGGGACAACCUGACGGUCACCUGGGCGGCCUGCGCCACGCUCAUGUACGUCACAGCCUCUGUGGUUUACCCAUUGUUCUUUGUCCGAUCUGAGUGCCCGUAUGAAGGCUGUGAAGUCAGAGAUUUCCGCAUUGCCGUCACUGUCUGCUCCAUCCUGGGAACUCUGGCCUACGGUGCCGAAGUGGCUCUGUGUCGGGCCAGACCAGGCCAGAUUGUGGCGGGCUACAUGGCAACCGUCCCUGGCCUUCUUAAAGUCGUCCAGGCCUUUGUUGCCUGCAUCAUAUUUGGAGCUCUUGCCAACGGAAGCCAGUUUUCACGCUAUGCUGCCACAAUCUACUGCGUGGUAGUCUACGCUUCUUGCUUUGCUCUCACUGCCUUGGUGGUGAUAAUGACAGUAUGUAAACGCACCAAAACUGUGAGGUGCAUGCCCUUUGAGCGCUUUGUGGUGGUGUGCACUUUCCUGGAGGUUUUGCUCUACCUAAGUGCUUCAGUGGUGUGGCCGGUUUUCUGCUUUGACACAAAGUACGGGUCUCCAUGGAGACCAUCAUCAUGUCCACAGGGCAAGUGUCCUUGGGACAGCAAAGUGGUGGUUGCUGUCUUCUCCUGUGUGAACUUUGGUCUUUAUCUGGCAGACCUGCUUUACUCACAGAGGAUCCGAUUUGGCUCAUCACGUGUUCCUGCUCACUCACGGGUGUAGAACCACUUGUUUUAGAACUGUUUGUUUUAGAAAGUUGAGAUAUCUACACAUAUGUUAAGGAUAACGUACUUAAAGGUGGUACCAACUAAAUGAGUUGGAUUUAAACAUCAAUUAUAUGUUAUAUAUUUAGAGAAAAUAAAUUAGCAUAGUUUUUUUAUUGUUAAU